CUGAAACCCUCUAUUUAUAUGAAGCUCUUCUUCUUGGCUCAACAUCACCAUUCAAACAAGGGCAGAAAAAUUAAGUCGAUCUCCUUCUUUGUAGAAAUCAGUAGAAUUAUUGAAGCUCUUAUAGGAAUGGCAGUCGAGUCUUCGUCUUCGUCGUCAAAAGAUAACAAGAGGUCGAAGGUUUCAAGCAGAAAGCUGAGAGGGUAUCUUAGGCAACAGAAAGGGAGGCUCUACAUCAUCAGGAGAUGUGUGGUUAUGCUCCUCUGCUGGCAUGACUAGCUCCUGUGCUGCAAUUCUAAUUCAAUUUGAAGAGUCCCUUCUGGUGCUCAGUUGAAGGGUUUAGAGAGCUUAGGGUUUAGGGUUUCCACAGUAUAUCUUUUCUGUGCAGCAAUGCAGUGAGUUAAUUCAUUAAUCAUCUAGCUAGCUAGAUCUCUCUCCCUUUCUAUCCAUCCAUUCUACAAUAUUGUGGUGUAAAACUGUAAAUAGAGAUGAGAAAUUGUUACUAAUGGUAGUUCUUUGCAGAAUAAUGCUCCAUGGGCAUGAUUUGUAGUUUUCUAUCAUUGAAAUUAAAUAUUCAACUUUGAGGCCAAUCUUAGACU